UGCUGCAACAACAGCCACGAUUUUACCAACAACAACUGCUCAACCAGCAACCACAACUAUGUAUUUAUGCAAUUCAUCUCCUGCCCCCACAACUGCAGCCCCAACAACCACCACUUUAGCAACAACCACAACUGCUCCAACAAUAACCACAACUAUGGCUUCAUUGACUACAUCUACUGCCCCCACAACAAUUACAGCCCCAGCAACCACUAGCACUGCAACAACAAUCAUAACUUUACGACAAACAACCACAACUACGGCUUCAACCACAGCAUCUACUUCCCCCACAAACACUGUAGCAGUAACAGCCUCUGCUGCAGCAACAACAACUGCUCGAACAACAACCACAACUAUGGCGUCAACCACUAGAUCCACUUCCCCCACAACAACUGCAGCCCCAACAACCACUACUGCAGCAACAAUCACCACAUCUGCUCCACCAACAACUAUGGCUUCAACCACUACAUCUACUGCCCCCACAACAACUGUUGUAACAACAGCCACUUCUGCACCAACAACAACAACUGCCUCACCAACAACCACAACUAUUGCUUCAUCCACUACAUUUACUUCCCCCACAAAUGCAGCCCCAACAACCACUACAUUAGCAAGAACAACCGCAACUGCUCCACCAAUAACUCUGGCUUCAGCCACUACAUCUACUGCCCCCACAACAACUACAGCACCAACAACCACUGCAGCAGCAACAACUAACACAUCUGCUCCACCACCAUCCAUAACUAUGUCUUCAACCACUACAUCUACUGCCCCCACAACACCUGCAGCACCUAAAACCACUGCCUCAGCAACAACAACCACAACUGCUCCACCAACAACCACACCUAUGGCUUCAAUCACUACAUCUACAACAACAGCUACACCAACAACCUCAAUCACCCCACCAACAACGACACCUUCAGCAGCAACAACCACAACGGCAGCACCAACAACCAAUAGUGGGGAAUGUUGUUUCAACUUUGGCAUUCUCCAUUUGCUUCUUGGACUGCUAGUUUUCGUCUUGUAAUUGACCACAUAUAGCCAUGAUCUCUUAUUUGAAGAAAGAUUUACAUCAUCUUUUUGGCCCUUUAGCACCUACAAAUAAUAACCAUUUUAAUUUAAAGCUUUAGGAUGUGCAUGUAAUACUUUUUAAUUUUCUUUUUCACCAAACUUAAUAUGAGGUAAUUCAAUAUAUAGUCCUGUCUUCUUUUGGGAUUAUUUGUUUUAAUAAGUUAUUAAUAGAAAUAUUCAUGAAGGCUGUGUAUUUAUAAUGUUU